AUGGCAGCGCAGGGGACGGUCGGGGCCCCUGCUGGGGCAGUGGCAGGCAAGGCGGGCUCCAAGGAGGCGCCGAAGACGAUGGACUCCGCGGCGGUGUCUCGGAGGUUGCAACAGGAGCUCAUGCAGCUGAUGAUGUCUGGGGAGAAGGGUUUGUCGGCGUUUCCGUGCGGGGAUAACAUCAUGGACUGGACGGGCACCAUCGAGGGCGCGGAGGGCACCCCGUACGCCGGCCAGAAGUACAAGCUCGAACUGCAGUUCAGUGCCGAGUACCCCUUCAAGCCGCCGAACGUGCGGUUCGCGACGCCCUGCUACCACCCGAACGUCGACUGGGCCUCCGGAACCAUCUGCCUCGACAUCCUCCGCGACCAGAGCACGGGCGGCCAGUGGAGCGCAGCGUACAGCGUGAAGACGGUGCUGGUGUCGAUCCAGUCUCUGCUGGGGGACCCCAACCCGGCGAGCCCGCUCAACGCCGAGGCGGCGCGCUUGUGGGACAACGUCGAGGAUUACACGCGCGUGGUCGCCGGGAAGUACGCGCGGGCCGCCGACAAGUGA